UUUUUUUUGCUCUUUUUUUUUUCCCUUUUUGCUUUCGCGUCAAAAACAAAAUACAUAUAUUUUAAAAAUGGGCCUCCGGGUACUUCACAUCUUGAAGCCUUUCAUGGCUGCUCUUCCCGAAAUCGAAUCACCUUCAAGCAAAGUUCCUUUCAACGAAAAAUUACUCUAUACCGUCGUUGCACUUUUCGCUUAUUUGGUCAUGUCUCAACUUCCUCUUUACGGAAUCAUCUCUUCAGAAUCCUCUGAUCCUCUUUACUGGAUGCGUGUUGUGCUCGCUUCUAACCGUGGUACACUUAUGGAAUUGGGUGUUCUCCCCAUUCUCACCUCCGGAAUGAUCAUGCAAAUUUUAGCCGUUGCUAACGUUAUUCAUGUCGAUUACAGUUUAAAGGAAGAUCGUGCCUUAUUCUGUGGUGCUCAGAAGUUAUUUGCAAUUGUUAUUGCUGUUGCUCAAGCUAUUCUUCUCGUUUUCACUGGUCUCUAUGGCAACCCCACCGAAAUUGGAACUGUUGGUUGCGGUCUUUUAGUUCUUCAACUUGUGUUUUCUUCUACCGUGACUUUAUUGUUGGAUGAAUUAUUACAAAAGGGUUACGGUCUUGGAUCCGGUAUCAACGUCUUUGUUGCUGCCAAUGUUGCUCAAACCAUCUUCUGGAAGUCCUUGUCAUUCUCCAAGAUCGCCACUUUCCGUGGAACUGAAUAUGAAGGUGCUCUCAACUCUUUUGUCAGUUUGGUUACAUCUCGUAGUGAUAAGGCUCGUGCUCUCAAGGAUGCCUUUUAUCGUGAUGAUUUAACCAACGUCAUGAACGUUUUCGCCACACUUCUUACCUUUGGUCUUGUCAUCUAUCUCCAAGGUUUCCGUUUCGAGCUUCCUGUCAAGUCUAACCGUCUUCGUGGCCAACGUGGUUCUUACCCCAUCAAGCUCUUCUACACUUCCAGCAUGCCUGUCAUGCUUCAAUCUGCCUUAUUCGCCAACAUUUUCUUGAUCUCUCAAACUCUCUACACUUAUUUCGGUAACAACAUUCUUAUCCGUAUUCUCGGUGUUUGGGAGCCUCUUGCCGAAUCUAACCAACUUGUUGCUACCGGUGGUGUUGUUUACUAUCUCUCUGCCCCUCACAGUUUAAGCGAAGCUAUUUUUGAUCCUAUCCACACUAUUAUCUAUGGUGCUAUUACUGUCAUCAUCUGUGCCUACUUGUCCAAUGUCUGGGUCAAUGUCUCUGGCUCUUCUCCCCGUGAUGUUGCCAAGACCCUCAAGGAUCAACAACUUGCUAUUGCUGGUUUCCGUGAUGCCUCCAUGGUCAAGGAAUUGAAGCGUGUGAUUCCUGUUGCUGCUGCCUUUGGUGGUGCUCUUUUAGCCGCUGUUGCCCUUGUGGGUGAUAUCUUUGGUGCCAUUGGUUCCGGUGCUGGUAUCUUGAUGACUGUCAUGAUUGUCUUCCAAUACUUUGAAAUGUUUGUCAAGGAGCAAAUGGAUGGAAACUUGACCAUGGAAGCCAUGACUCAAUAAGUCACUCCAACAUAUAAAAAAAAAAGUAUAAUCCCAUACAUACAUACAAUUACACACACACCUUCGUAUAUACACACGUUUAUUUAGUCUAAACUCUAUUUUUUUUUUUUUUUUGGUUGCUCUAAUUUUUAAUGUAAAAAAAAAUAAAUAAAUAAAAUGUUUAAUCGG